CAAUUUCAAACACUCCGCCAAAAGCUUCGUUUACCAGCAGAAAUAUUUCAUUGCCUCUUGGAACGCAGAAGAAACUGACGUGUUGGAACGCUGGACGACACGGCUGGCAAAAAGAUGGAAAAUAUCUAAAUUUCCAUGGACGUUACUAUUAUCUCAUUUCGCGAGCCCGUCAUAGCGAUGCAGGGACAUAUACUUGCACGGUGCGAAAUUCCGCUGGAUCGAUUACUAUUUACUACCACGUAAAUAUUGAAGGUAGGGACUGCAACCUUACUUCUUUAAGUUAACCGAAACUAAAGAAAAUGUUUGAGAUAAAAGCCCUUUCAAAGUUUCGUAAAAAAUAACUUCCAUUUUCCGUAAAAGCUUGAACGAUUCGUGGGAGGUUUUUGUUCUUUUUUGCAAUCAGGAACGACGAUAAACAAGUUAAAUUAAAGUAAACUAACAGAAAUAUCACUACUAAAAAAAUUGAGAGACUUUAGAAGAACUUAUUAAAGUUAAAAAAUGAGAAAGUUACAUUAAAUAGAAUAAUUUAUUACGUUUGUAAUUUGCUUGUAUUUACGGUUUUACUCGACUACACGAACAGCUACUUACAGUACACUACAAACUGGUGACGAGGAUUUAAAGCCAUCGCUCAGCAAUUUACUUAUUUGAUCAAUAACUUAAAGUGUCUCGGGCGCAUGAGUUGGAAGAGGAAAAGUCUUAGCAGCUUCCACUUAACGAAGUACCUGCAAAAAUUGAAGCGGUUCAUAGUAUUAACCAGCAUCAAGCAACUCCAUAGCAUAACAAUAGACAGUCUACUAACAAAUUCAAAACAGGAAAGAAAAAUGCUUCAGGUAUGGAUAUAGCAUAUGGCUAAUCAAGUGUGCCCAUACCAGUUCUACUUGUAAUUACUGCAAAAUACUGGACACUUGGCAAUAGUCUGUUUUACAAAAAAGAAUAGAGAAAGGAAUGGAAUAAAUAAGCAUAAAAACCUACCAAAUUACAUGUACAAAUGAUACAUGCAGAUACUUCUUCAGACGAUUAAACAUCUUCACAUAUGCCAACAGUCUACAUGAAGAGUAAAAAUAAAAAAAGGUAAUCGAAAUCCAGCGCGCUAUUGUACGUGAAUUACUCGAUGUAUGAACAAAUAUUUUUCACAUUCGGAAAGAUCAGGCUUUUAGCUAUUGAAUGACAUGUUUGUUUAUGCCAAGUGGAUAAUAAUUAAGCAAGUACGAGUCCGAUAUAAAGACCCAACUCUCAACGGUGAAAAUAUUCUGAUUAACAUUUUUUAUCGGAUUCUUAUUUGCACAUUUCUUAUCCAUUUGGCAUGAAGAACAUAUCAUUUGACAUAUAAAAGACUGAUCUUUCCGAAUAUAAAAAAUCUCGGUCAUACGCAGAGAAAUGCAGACAAAAUAGCGCGAUGAAAUGCGAUUACUUCUUUUUUUUAUACACACUGUACAGUAAAUGUUAUUAAAUGCAUCGGGAAAAGGAGAUGAGCGUCCAAGCGGAGAUCUGGUUAGUGACUUCAAAAUUCGGGCAGUUGAGGACCCAUUAUUGCGAGGACGAGACAUGAUGGCAAAGUUUACAUUGGCGUGGCAAAAUAAUAUUUAGUGUGAUUCCAACCACUACCAAGGACAUUAUAUAACAGUACCCUCUCCUUUUUUAUAAUAGUACAGUAGGAAAGCUCAAGGGUGUUCAAGUGUCACAGAGAGUAAAUUAUGACAACCCUAUGUUUGCGAAACUCCCUGGGGACAAACACACGCAAAGCUUUACCUUUCCCAGUCAUACAUCGCCAAUUAUAACGUAUUCCCGAGAGGAGGAAGUAUACAACGAUAAAUACCCACCAAGGAUUAUACCAAUACAAACGUCUUGUUUAUUUGGUUAACGGAAUUGCAUCAAAUCUCCAACGAACGAUCGAAAGUGUUUUGAAGGGUCUACCAAGUUAUUGCGCACGCAUUGAUGCAAUUCUUGUUACAGGUGAAAGAGAUUACAGGAAUGCGGCCUCAUGCUCAAACGAGAAAAGUUUCACUUCAUGCUUGGUCAAGUUGUGUUCCUUGGAAAGACCAUUUUUAAAGUUGGAAUUUCCUCUACAAAGGAGACAAUACAAGGCAUUCAGAAUGCGACACCAGCGGCCAAUGUUUCUGAACUUCAGUAUUUUAUUGUUACUGCUAACUUUUUCCCCGAGCCGACGGCGCGAAGCGCCGUGCGAGGGUACUAAUUCCCCCCGGCUAUUUACACCCGGGGAAACGAAAGCAUUAGCGAAGUCUAAAGUUCAUCAAUGAGCGCGGGCGUCGGUCACCAACGAUAGGUGGUCAUCCUCACUGAUCUAAAAAAUAUAUCGGACUGUCAUGAAUAACGGACACUGAUUGGUCCAAUUUAAAGUUUGCAUUAUAACGACUGCAUGACGACAGCGAAAUAGCAAACAUUUCUUGAUUUGGUGAUUGAUAAAUUUCUUGCAAAUAUAUUUCAUUUUUGCUCGUAUUUCUGCAAGAUUUUGUAAAUUUCAAGAAAGAAAAGGCGAAAGAGUCGGCUAAAAGAAGGGAGCCGACGUUAACGAAGGUAAGUUUGUUUUAAAUAUUGAUAUUAUAAUGGCUUUAAAACCCGAAGGCUUUUGCGUAUAUGAAACAACUAAACAAGACAGCAUAUAAUUUAAGUGUAUCUUUAAUAUUGAUUCCCUUUUUUAUUAUAUUGAAUUUUCUAAAUAAAAAAUAAGCAAAGUUAUUUGCAAGCGAGAAUUUGAAAUCAUUUUAUUACAAACUCAAAGUUUAUCGAUAAAGCCAUUUAAUAGCUAAAGGCAGUUUAGUUUUAUAAAGAACACUUUAGAACGUUUUGUGAAUUGUAUGUGGUUGAAUUUUACCUUAAAUUGAAGCUUGUAUUACUUAUAAUUACAUACCUAACAUAUAUAUGUUGGGAAAUUGUUAAUUUUAUAAUCAAAAGUGAUAUUUUAAGGCGAUUUUCAUUGGUAAGAAUGUUCUUAAAAAAUUAUCGUGUUACCAUCACAACUACUUUAGGUACUUCAUGUUCGGAAAAUACAAUGGUUUUGUCAGCAAGGCGAGGGUUUCUGCAUGCAUGUAUUUUUUAGUAUGUACUGUAAGUCUGUAUCUGGUUUCGCUGAGAUAUUGUUUCCCCUGUUUAAGUUACCACACAAGGGAACACCACGGAAGUGGAGAAAAGCUGAACUGAAUGCUUUUGUGAAUAUUAAAAUAUGCGCUGUAUUCUAAUUCGGUACUGCGACAUUACAACCCUGAUGCAGAACUUGUGCGUCAGUAUGAUAUACCAAGAUCGAUAUCCACGCCAUUCAAAGAAGCAAUCGAAGGACAAUUUGACACGUUGCAUGCAGCCUGUUUGAUAAAAAGUCGCAUAAACAGUAAACUACACCAGGGCUUUUUUAAGAAUUUCCGUGGGGAGGAGGGGGGUAUUUUUUCAAAAGGGACCUUCCCGUGAGAUAAUAUAUUUGUGGGGGAUAGCAAUGGGUGAAGGCCGCAUGUGUGGCCGACAUACCACGCAUGAAUAGGGGGAGGGGGUCUGGGGGCAUACUCCCCCAGAAAAUGUUUGACAUUUGAAGCACGGAAAUGCCAUUUCCUGUAUUCUGAGCAUGCAAAUUUGCUCCAAAAUUUAUGCUAACUGUACUUGUAUUUGAGAUAAAAGAAAGAAAAAACGCACAAAAGGUAAAAAAAUAUUAACCAUAAUUUAUCAUUACUUAUUAGAGGAGGAUAGCAAUGGUCACGUGUGUGAGGGCAUACUCCCCGAGAAAAUUUUUGAAAUUUGAAACCCGGAAAUGCCAUCUCCUGGAUUCUGAGCAUCCAAAAAAUAAAAUUGUUGUUAACAAUAAUUUAUCAUUAUUUAGUGAUAGAAAAAUGUAACAAUUUAAAUCGAUUUUGUUAAACAAGGACAAAGGAUAAAGCCUAUAUAAAACUUGCUUUCUGUUUAUCUAUUUAUUAUUCUUCUCUGGUUUGUUUGUAUAAAUUUAGGAAAAAUGAACUUUUCCUAGGGGGGGACAAUGUGAUUUCGUGGGGGGCACAAGGGGGAUUGGAGGGGGAGGCAUUUGCUCAGAUUCAUGGACAGGAUCUUCUUAACUAGGAUCUGGUGGUCGAUGAGAUGAAAUGCUUUCCUGUAGCUUAACAAGAUCAUGUAUGAACAUGGAAAUAAGAGCAUUUGUAUUACAUGAUUUUAGCCUAGCGCGUCAUAGUGAUUGGGAUCGAUGAUUUCGAGGAUGGUUUAUCUGCAAAAGCAGUUUAGUUAUUAAUUAAUGAACAUUUCAAGACAUUUUACGAAGCAAUUUGGGUUAAAGUUUACAUUAUAUCAAAGCUCACAAAGAGCAAAAUAACAUACCUACAGUAUAUAUUUUGUAAAUUCAUUGUUAUAUAUAGUUAAAAGCAACAAUCUUUCAACUAUAUUUCGCCUGUUGUACAAAAAAUAUAAUUAAAAUUAAAAUAAUCUUGUGGCCAUGGCAACAUUGAAGUAAGCGCGACCCUUCGUUCAGUGUUGAUCAAUUAUUUAUAUUAGACUGCAUGUUAAAUCAAUGUUUGGAAAAUAUGAGCGAGGGGUUUCUGCAUGAAUGCAGCCUAGACCUAGGCCUUCUUUUUUAUCAUUUUUUUAAUAUUCAGCGCUUUUUCAUACGAGAAGACUGGGACUAGGUGAUUUGGGGGCGGGGCGGAGGAAUGGCGGAAGCAAAAAAAAUAGAAGGCCUAGCAGAUUUCCCAAUCUGACUGCCAAAACCUGCCCCGAAUUUGCCCCACUUGGAUAUGCCCAAUUAUUGCGUCCUCAAACUGAAUUAUUUGCAACUUAAAGACGAAUUUAAACCGAUACAGGUAAAAUAAAUUCAUUUAUAGUAUAAACUUACUAUUUUUAUUUCUAUACACGUCAAGAGCAUAUGGGGCAAAUUUGAGAACUUGUGAAAUCGACCAGGCCUUUACGAGGCAAAUGGCCAUUGCGAUAAUUACCAAUUGCUAGCCCGAAAUUAACCAAACCUGCCAAAGAUAUCUGCCAAAGCCAGCUGAGUAAAGGCCUAGCUCUAGGCUGGCAUGUAUGUAUUUCUAGUAAAUUGUCGUAAUGUUUUUCACUUACGUCGUUCUGCGUGCGUCGUUUGCUGGCUCAGUGGCGAAGCCAGCGGGCAAUUUGGUCAUGCUAUGCAAAUAUUUCCGUAUUCAUAGACCGUGAAAACAAUCUAUUUCUAAACAAAUGUUGUCGGACCCAAAUUGUCGGACUGGGUUCACCAUUGUGCGUUGCUUGCCGUCGUGAUUUAAUUAAAUCUGUUUCUGAAGAUAACUGAAGUCACCCAAAUCGUAGUUUAAUUAAAAGAGCUUCUCUUUAUAAAAUACAGCAAACCUGGUAUGCAGGCGAUCCACAACUCCUUCAACGUUUAAGUACAUCGGAUCUUUAUCCAGAUUCUGAUAUAUUCGUGUAUUGUGUUUCUCAAAUUAGUCAGUAAAAAAACUGCAUUAAAUAAUAAUCUCGCGCCCACGCGCAAUCGCGCGAUCAUGAAUACCCGAACCUCCCCAAUAUUUUAUAUUUCGCUUUAAGAUGAUUUCGCCAACCAGGGUUUGAAUUGUAGCAUAUUUUACUUUUUUUCAGGACCUCCUGUGAUAACAAAGGCAGAUGAUGUUGUUGCUGUCGAACAUUCUAAUGUGUCUCUUACAUGUAACAUUCAAUCCGACCCUCCGGUUAACAUCACGUGGUUGCAUAACAAUAUUGCCAUUUCCCAGAACACGAUAUUACGUCGUGGAACACAACGUCUCCCAAAUAUCGCUCUUCAAAUCGUCGGAGUCUCUAAAAGCGAUAGUGGCAAAUAUACCUGCGAAGCAAGAAAUAUAUAUGGUCGACAAAUUCAAGCUAUCGCGUUAAGAAUUAUAGGUAAUAAGAAUCAAUACAUUUCUGUCAUGCAAGGGAGUGGAAGUGAAUUAUUUUUCUAAAUUGCACUUCAAACGAAGCUCGUUGCAAAUUUUGGUUGGGUUUUCCAAGCACCGAAUAUUAAUCGUAAGCAUUAAAGAGUUGGUCAAACAAGAUUUACUGCUUGUUAAAAAGUAUGGAGGAAAAAUUCGCUAAAGUUUUGGAACAUGACGUUAGCUCUUUGCUAAAUAAUCAACAAUGCUUAAACAAUACUCCAUACGUUUCAUAACAUGUUCAUUUCGUGGUGAAAGGGAGACUGACUCCUUGUUAUUUCGAGUUUUGUAAAUUUGGUAGAGAUAAAAUGAAGUACAAAGUAUGGGCGGGAGAUUUAAAAAUGCCAGGACAGACAUUAUACAUUUUGGGAUAGCUAUGGUGAUGAACACAAGAUUAACAAUAAGAGAAAAAUAGACGGGAGGACAGACAUAAGGAUAAGGAUAAAGUGUAAAGACCUCUCUGGUAGUAGGAUUAAAUCAUUUUACAUUGAAAUUUGCAGAGGAGCCCCUUUUUGAGAUUGGUGUAAAAAAUCACGAACUCCAAUAUGGCGAAACCGCCACGUUAAGGUGCAAACCUUUAACCAGCGACUCGUCAAUGAAGAUAUUCUGGAGAAAAAAUGGCAAAGCCUUGGAGAUGAACGACAGGAUCAGUGUAAGCAAUCGGAAUGAAUUGGUAAUUAAAAAUGUAUCACAGGAGGACUGUGGGGAAUAUUACUGUGUUGUAAAGAACGACAGAUCAGUUAUCACUUCGUUUGGAACGUUGGCAAUCAAAGAUGGUAUGAAGGUUUUGCUUUGUAAUUGUCUUAGCUUGGGGAAUAAAUAAAUGUGUCGUGCACGUUUACCGACUCAUAGGGCAAGUAGAAUGGCAUGCUAAUUUACACAAAUUUAUUCUUUAAAACCAGUGAAUUCGUUCAAGAACAGCGGAAUUUGUUUUGGUAGGGGAGGGGGAGGGGCGGGGAGGGUGUAGGGUAGGCUAGCAGGCACAAAUUGCACGAGAUUGCUACUAGGGCGUGGGAGUCCAAGAAAUUUGAGGGCGGAUAGCGAUUUACUUUAUCCCCCGGAUAGCCGAUAUGUAAGAGGUUGAUAGCGCUUAACGAGCUUUGUACAACGCAAAUUAUCAAGCGUUUAAAUUUUAUACGGCGAAUAGCGAGUUAAACGGUUGUCAGUGACUUAAACGUAUUUCGAAUAGGCCCCGGUAGUAAAGCAGGCAAAAAUAAAAUAAAAAACAUAUAAGAAACUUUGAAAAUCAUUUCACACAACAAAUUGUAAAAUACUUUUUGAAAUUUUAAACGAAAACAUUAAUUAAGAAUAGACAAAUCCCAUUAUAGACUAAUUAUAAAACUAGGCAAGGAAAUGCAAAUAAGUCACCAAAGCUAGAAAGGGCAUGCUAAAUAAGUAAAAUUGCAAAAUUUGAUUGCGAAAUGUCGUAAAAUGCAGAAAAUAUAGCCUUCCAAAAUUUGCAAAUUUUGUAUACUUUUGUAUUGUGUGCGCAAAUUGCUAUCACAUUUUGGCCGAAAAUGGUAGCAAUUUUCGCACGCAAUACAACAUUUCGCAACCAAGCUUUGCAAUUUUACUCAUUUUAGUAUGCUCUUUCUAGCUGUAGUGAUUUAUUUGCAUUUCCUUGCCUAGUUGUUCUAGUUGUAAAAUUAGUCAAUAAUGGAAAUUGCCUAUGAUGUAUAGCAUGCAUGAGAGUGUUUGUUUUGACUGCUUAUGUAUGACUUUGUCUUUGACUUUGUCUUUGUUUUUCACGGUUGUUCCAGUUUUGCUAUAACAUGUACAACUUUUCUUUUGAUUGCAUCUGUAUCCAAAUGUUUCUUAAAUUAGUUGUUUAAAUUUUUGUUGAAGCUCUUAGCUUAAUUAAAAGGAGAGAAAAUUAUUUUUCUUCAUUGAAUUUAUUUCAUUUCAAAGUACGAGUAAUAAGUUGAUCAGCAAAUUAAACCUAUCAGCUGUUAAUUUCAAUGAACAUUUGAUAAUAUUUUAGGAACAGAACCAUGAUGACCUUUGCAUUAAAAUGAAGCCCAUAGAAUGAAAAUAACAUACCUAUACACUUUAUGUAUUAUAGACAUUGAUAGUGGUGAUAGUUCUCUAGUUAAAAGUAUUCAUGUUUAAUUCAUUCUUUGCAGUUUUAUACAAAAGAUUAAUAGCUAUGGCUGACGUUACGCGAGCAAGGCGAGCCUGCGUUCAGUCUUUGUGUAAUUAAGAAGGCUUCAUAUUGAAACAAUGUUUGGAAAAUAUAUGGCCGACGGAUUGCUGUUUGCAUGUAUUUCUAGUCCGAUUACUAAAAAUUAAGCAUCCGCUUUUUACGCAGAGGCGUAACCAGGGGGCCCUGCUCUCCCUCCUGGAAAAAUUUGGCCCUCCACUGAAAAUUUAUCCUAUCAAAAUAAGUAAAGCCUGGGCCCACCUAUGUUUUUGCUGGCUACCCUGACCAUAGACAAUCCAAAAGACAGGGACUGGAAACGCCUAAUGUUGUGCGUGUGCCAUCCGUGAUGCGCUUGCAUGACGCUUGCGCAUGUGCCUUGAAUGGCCUGUUGCUUCGAAAACAAAUAAACGAUAAUAUAUUGAUGUAUUGUGGACCGGUACUUGUCUGCUGUUUUACAGCUGUUUAAUCAUUAUAGUGGAAGAUUAUUUAAAUAAUCUACACCGAAAUGAGAGUUAGGUACCUACAUGACAUUAUGUGUAAAUUUUAUAAAACGGAUCUGUUUAUCCAGAGACGAGUGCAAAGAAUUUUCGAAAAUUUUGAUUUCCAAAUUGGGGUGGACUUUCAGGCACGAUUCAGGUUUGUUUGCGUAUUUUAGUUUUCUUUGAUUAAGUUUACGUAUAUUUAUUCAGUUUUGCUUCACUGCAAUUACGUUAUAUAAAUUGAUUGAAGUUAUCUUUUCGAAGUUUUCCUUGAUCUGUAAUUUGAAUUUGGAAAUUUCCGUUUACCUUCCACUUUAUUGACAAUUACAAAUCCUUUCUUUCUCGAAAACACUGUUUGGUAAGGCAUCCAUUACUAAAAAGAAUUAAAAAGAAGGCUAGGUGUCAGUUAUUUUCAAACAGUAGUGGGUUGCUGGGGCAACGGAUAAUUGUUACGUGAUUUAAGCGCAUCACGGAUGUCGCACCAGCAUAAUUGCUUUUGCCACAGCGUUUCCAGUCCCUGUCUUCUGGAUUUUCUAUGCCCUCACCAAAGAUGCUGGCUACGCCUCUGAUUUUACGUACCGCUGUCAAAAAGCAAGUUAGGCCUUCCUUUCCUAUGUGAAAGUGAUUUCUUUGGGGCAUACUCUUCCAUAAAAUUUUUGAAAAUUUACUAGCUAAUGAUGAGACAAUGCGAUUCAGAAUUCUGCUAGCACCAACCAAUUGGUGUACUACGUUUAAAUGUGAAAAAUGAAUGAAUCUCUGUUACGAGUAGUAUAGGGAAGAGGGGUUCUGGCGCGGGUGGUGCUGGUGGUGCACUAAGCACCACCCAUGACAUCAUUACACUGCAUUUCAUAUCAAUUACACGCGCUUGUAAUGUAUUUAAAAGAGUGUGGACCAAUGAUUAUAGCAUUUUAAGAAAAUGUUUACAGUUUAAAUUAAUACUCUGGUAAUAUUUAUUCCCACAUAUGUUCCUUCUAACAAACUGACUGGAUUUCAACACAUUCUCGAUACAUAUUCUACUAAUGUUAUUGUAAUGCUUGUGGGACGUAGAUGUUAAUUGUACUUAUACGUAUGCGCAGUGAGAAUUGUGUAUUACGAAAAUUCCGGACUUGUAGGAAUUUGCAAAGAUUCCGGGGGGAAUUCUGCAGAGAAUAUCCCAGUUUAUUCAAAAUUCCCCAAAAUCAUAAACGACAAUAGAAAUAGAGUAUAAAAGGUAUAUUUGAAUUUAUCGUAUUACAAGGUUUUAUUAGAUUAUCUUUGAGUGUCCACUGCGUCAACAACAUCCUUGGAUUUCCCUGGAGAUGUAUUCAUCAUGUUUAGGACUAUUAAAAAAGGAAUAAUAAAAUCCAGACAUACAUAUGAAAAUUUUUAAACAGCAGUUGCUAAGUUGCUAAGCCCAAGUUUUUUCGUUGUCAACGCCGUUGUUAUGGUCGAUAUUUGCAUAUUACAGAGUCAUUAAAAAGUUAUUAACUCGCCCACCCCGUGUGGACAUAUACAUUUUUUUAUUUCACCCAGCGAGCUUGAGACAGGAAAAAAUAGUAACGAACAAAGAGUUAUUAUGGAUUAUAUGCAAGAUAUAUCGAAAUUUUGUCGUUUGUGGCUCUCUAAAACGUAUAGCGCCAAAGUCAUUAAUAACUGUCAUUAAUGGAUUACAAGCAAAAUUUUAAUCUCUUAAGUGCUUAUUAUGGACAUAUAGGGAUUAUUUAUUACCUUAAAAUCGGGCAUGUGACUUUGCAGGCAAAAUUUCGCACAAGAUUUCACUUUUAAAAAACAUUUAUUUCUUCAAAAUGUUUUACAAAGUUAUGCUUCUAAUAUAUAUCGUCACUUGUUUGAGACGUUUCACUAUCCGGUUCGUCGUCGUGGCUGCUUUCAUCAUUGUGGCUGCUUUCAUCAUCCGAGAUAUUGGCCAGCUCCAUAGGCUCGGAGUCAAAUUCGAUUGGCUCAGAGCCGAGCCCCAAUACGCUCGGAGACAAGCUCGAUUGGCUCGGAGCCGAGCUGCAUAGUUUCGGAGCCAAGUUCCACAGGCUCGGAUCCGGCUCGAACGGCUUGGAGUCCAACUCGUAUGGCUCGGAGCUAAGCUCGAAUGUCUAAGUGCCGAGCUCCAUAAUCUCUAGGAUUCAAUUAUUCAAUCUAUGAUUCAAUUAUUCAGUCUUAUGAUUCAAUGAUUCAAUCUUAUGAUUCAAUGAUUCAAUGUUAUGAUUCAAUGAUUCAAUCUAUGAUUCAAUCUAUGAUUCAAUCUAUGAUUCAAUCUAUGAUUCAGUGAUUCGAUCUGAUAAUUCAAUGAUUCUAUCUUUUGAUUCGAUUCAAUCUUAGGGAAGAAGAUGAGUACGAUAAGAAGAUAAAGAUAAGGAUAAGGAAGAAGAUAAGGAAGAUAAAGAUAAGGAUAAGGAAGUUAAGAAGAUACAGAUAAGGAUAAGGAUAAGGAAGAUAAGGAUAAGGAAGAUAAGAAGAUAAAGAUAAGGAUAAGGAAGAUAAGAAGAUAAAAAUUAGGAUAAGGAUAAGGAAGAUAAGAAGAUAGAGAUAAGGAUACGAAAGAAGAUGAGGAAGAUAAAGAUAAAGAUAAGGAAGAUGGAGAUAAAGAAGAUAAAGAUGAGGAAGAUAAGAAGAUAACGAUAAGGAGGAUAAAAAGAUAAAGAUAAGGAAGUUAAGAAGAUAAAGAUAAGGAAAGAGAAGAAGAUAAGGAAGAUAAAGAUAAGUAAGAUAAAGAUAAGUAAGAUAAAGAAGAUAAGAAGAUAAAGAUAGAGAAGAUGAUAAGGACAAUAAAGAUAAUGAUAAGGAAGAAGAUAAGGAAGAUAAUGAUCAGCAAGAUAAGAAAAGGAAGAAUACUGGAUAGAUGCAUAAAUGAAUAUAUAGGACGAAUACACCGAAUACAAAAAAUUUUGAACCAACUCAAAGUCGAUGAAACUUGACAAUUAAAUGCGAACAAGAAAUACAACUGUCGUCGCGUUGAGUUGGUUCAAAUUUUUGUGUUCACACCACGAACGUCUAGCUGUAUCUUAUCAUAAUUUGGUGUAUUCGUUCAAUAUAUUCAUUUAUUCAUCUAUCCAGUAUUCUUUCUCUUCUUAUCUUGCUUAUCCUUAUCUUCCUUAUCUUCUUCUUUAUCCUUAUCUUUAUCUUCCUUAUCUUCUUCUCUAUCCUUAUAUUUAUCUUCUUAUCUUCCUUUUCUUCUUAUCUUACUUAUCUUUAUCUUCCUUAUCUUCUUCCUUAUCCUUAUCCUUAUCUUCCUUAUCUUCUUCUCUAUCCUUAUCUUUAUCUUCUUAUCUUCCUUAUCUUUAUCUUUUUAUCCUCCUUAUCUUUAUCUUCUUAUCUUCCUCAUCUUUAUCUUCCUCAUCUUUAUCUUCCUUAUCUCUCUCUUUCUUAUCGUUAUCUUUGUCUUCCUCAUCUUCUUCUUUAUCCAUAUCUUUACCUUCUUAUCUUCCUUAUCCUUAUCUUUAUCUUCUUAUCUUCCUUAUCAUUAUCCUUAUCCUUAUCUUUUUCUUCUUAUCUUCCUUAUCCUUAUCUUCCUUAUCCUUAUCCUUAUCUGUAUCUUCUUAUCUUCCUUAUCCUUAUCUUUAUCUUCCUUGUCUUCUUCCUUAUCUUUAUCUUCUUAUCGAACUCAUCUUCUUCCUAAGAUUGAAUCGAAUCAUAAGAUUGAAUCAUUGAAUUAUAAGAUCGAAUCAUUGAAUCAUAGAAUGAAUCAUGGAAUCACAGAUUGAAUCAUUGAAUCAUAAGAUUGAAUCAUUGAAUCAUAAGACUGAAUAAUUGAAUCAUAAGACUGAAUAAUUGAAUCAUAGAUUGAAUCAUUGAAUCCUAGAGAUUAUGGAGCUCGGCACUUAGACGUUCGAGCUUAGCUCCGAGCCAUUUGAGCGCGGCCCCAAGCCGUUCGAGCCGGAUCCUAGCCUGUGGAGCUUGGCUUCGAAACUAUGGACCUCGGCUCCGAGCUAAUCGAGCUUGUCUGCGAGCCUAUUGGGGCUCGAUAUAUUAUUAGAAGCAUAAAUUGGAAAACAUUUUGAAGAAAUAAAUGUAUUUUAAAAGUGAAAUUGUGUCCGAACUUUUGCCUGCAAAGUCACGCGCUUGAUUUUAAGGUACUAAAUAAUCCAUAUAUAUAUCCAUAAUAAGCACUUAAGAGAUUAAAAUUUUGCUUGUAAUCGAUUGAUGGCAGUUAUUAAUAUCUUUGGUGCUAUACGUUUUAGAGAGCCACAAACGACAAAAUUUCGAUAUAUCUUGCAUAUAAUCCGUAAUAACUCUUUGUUCGUUACUAUUUUUUCCUGUCUCAAGCUCGCUGGGUGAAAUAAAAAAAUGUAUAUGUCCACACGGGAUGGGCGGGUUAGUCUCUUUUUAAUGACUCUGUGAUAUGCAAAUAUCGACCAUAAUAACGGCGUUGACAACGAAAAAACUUGGGCUUAGCAACUUAGCAACUGCUGUUUAAAAAUUUUCAUAUGUAUGUUUGGAUUUUUAUUAUUCCUUUUUUAAUAGUCCUAAACAUGGUGAACACAUCCCCAGGGAAAACCAAGGAUGGUGUUGAAGCAGUGGACACUCAAAAAUAAUCUAACAAAACCUUGUAAUACGAUAAAUUCAAAUACACCUCUUAUACUUUAUUUGUAUUGUCGUUUAUGAUUUUCGGGAAUUUUGAAUAAACUGGGAUAUUCUCUGCAGAAUUCCCCCCGGAAUCUUUGCAAAUUCCUACAAGUCCGGAAUUUUCGUAAUACACAAUUCUCACUGCGCAUACGUAUAAAUACAACAUCUACGUCCCACAAGCAUUACAAUAACAUUAGUAGAAUAUAUAUCGAGAAUGUGUUGAAAUCCAGUCAGUUUGUUAGAAGGAAUAUAUGUGGGAAUAAAUAUUACCAAAGUAUUAAUUUAAACUGUAAACAUUUUCUAAAAUGCUAGUAAUCAUUGGUCCACACUCUUUUAAAUACAUUACAAGCGCGUGUAAUUGAUAUGAAAUGCAGUGUAAUGAUGUCAUUGGUGGUGCUUAGUGCACCACCCGCGCCAGAAUCCCUCUUCCCUAUACUACUGUUAUGCAGGGGGGGGGGACUGUUUUAGUUAGUAUUUCGGACUAUAUAUUGCCAAUGAUGUUAAUUUCUUACGUGAUAUACUUGUCGAAGGUGUAGGAUAAUUGCACUCAUUUUGAAAUUUAAUUAUGUCAAAAUACAUUUUUUGGCAUUCACCGACAAGAAAUUAGAUAACUACAGAGGUAAAUAUGCAUAAUUCUUUACUUUUGUGCAUAGAAAAAAAAUGGUUAAUGUUUAUUACCAUAGAAUGUUAACCAACCAACCAUUUCCUCCUAAGCAGUUGGUUGCAUUUUGAAAAUAUGGAUACCCAGCUUACAGUAGGUCGUUAUUAAAUCAGGAAUCAUAUGAUAGUAACUACAGUUUUGCUUUAUUAUCCUAUUUUCAGAUCCACCGUGUAUUUUCACGCCGCCCCAAAAUCUUUCCCUGACAGUUGGAAUGUACGCGAGAUUUUAUUGCAAAGCAGCUGGUUCCCCUGAGCCAGUUAUUUGGUGGCAAAACAGGAGCGACACUCUUUCCGACGUGUAUGAGAUACAGAAUGUCAGCAUCUCUGAUACUGGACUUUAUAUCUGCUUUGCAAGAAGUGGAAGAAAAAUUAGCAAGGCUGGUGCUUUCCUGAACGUUGGUAAACCAAAUGGUAAGAACUGAGUGCAUUUGUUAUACCGGUAAAACGUUACACUGAUGCUAGCUCUCUUGGGGUUUUUCUUGGCUGAAAUCCUCAAUCCUGCGUAUUGCAAAUGCUCGCACAAAAAACCUGUUGUUGUUACUCCGAGCCAGUUUAACGAAUGUUAACCGAAUGUCUGUUCAAAGCUGGUUUGGGGGAUGUUUUGCAGUUCUUUACGUUCUGUAUUUUGUUGCAUGUUGUUUCUUCCUGCUACUUAAAUGAGAAUACGUUUGGCGCUAAAGAUGAAAUGAUUAGAUUCAUUCAAUGAAACGUUACUUCUAUAGUCCUCUUUAUAUGGCGGUACAUAUCUAAUCUAUAUUUUUAACAUUUUCAAUAGCGUUGUAAUUUAAUGAAUGACCGCACAUGACUGGUAUUAUAGGUACCGUUUUGGCCUCUUCUUUGAGGGUCAUUGAGAGUGAGCAAAUUAAAUAUUCAGUAAAUGAGAGUGAGAUAACUUAAUAAUCAGUAAAUAGGAGUGAGCUAACUUAAUAUUUGGGAGGGUGAGGAAGUAUAGUAUAUAAUCGUAAGAAUGAUGAGCAUUAUAUAUCCAUUAAAAUGAUCCAGGCACGCGAACUGUUGCUAUGUCACCCUCUGGAAAUUUCAAGCUCAUAAAUCUAGCUGUUCGAUAGGGAUUCUCACCUUUAUCUGGUUGUUAAAUAAGGAGAUUUAACAAGCUUUUGCUUGUAUAUCUUUGAUAUAGUUGUUAAGAAGGCCUGUAAUUUUUAUCAUUACUUAAUUUCUGCGGCCCCGUCAACGUAAUCACUCUGAUGACAACGUAAUCACUCCGACAUAAUCUCUUAUAAUGACGACGGCGUAAUCACUCUAACGUAAUCUCAAAUGACGAUGUAGAUGUUCCAUCCGAGACAACCGAGAAUUGCUCUCUUUCCAUAUCUAAUUGGUAAAUGGAAGGAAGACGAGUAAAGGAAUUGAUGGGAGGAGAGAGAAAUUGCAUAACAAAGUAAUUCAACAGAAUGUAAAUCUAAUUCUGCCUUUUUUAGCUGUUUCGCCAACAGGGAAAGGAAAUCCAGAGAACAAAACAGGUAUUAUAGUUGGUUUGUUAUUUAACAAUUGUUGAAUGAGGUUGCGUACGCAUGAUAUGCUUUUCAACUCUUUCUCGACAGGCACUAAUUAAAACUAUUAAGUGAAGAAUGGUUGCCAUUUUUAUUAUAUCUUGCCUCCUUUUAGCUGCCCCAUCGACGUAAUUACUACUACACAUUGUCCAAUAACGACGUUGAUGUUCCAAUCGAAGCUAACUAGAAUUGCUCCAGAUCUCUCUCUCCCUCUGCUUAUUUCAUUAGGAAGUGUAGAGAAGAGCCCUAACACCUCUUAUUAAUAUUAAGUCUGAUCAGGAUAACGCAUCUGUUUUGCAUAUUGCAAAGAUGUAUUUAAAGUAGUUGUCUUGUUACCAUGACAGCUCCUUUAAAUACUUCAUGUUCAGAAAACAUAAUCUUCCCAGCAAGGCGAGGGUUUUAUGCGUGCAUAUGUAUUUCUCGUAUAUACCCACUAAAAUAAAGAAUGUGGAGAAUGAGAUAACUGAUCUACUGUGGAAGUACCACAUAAGGCGCACGUGUAAUUUUGUGCUGCAAAAGCAUCUAAGAUAAAUCUCGAUAAAGCCACCUGAGAAUAAAAAAAAGAUUAAUCUAUCCGACACUGCGGACGAUGUGAAUGGUAUAUCUAUCAACGUUGGGAAGCUCAUUAAUGCUCAUUAUGAGCUUCUCAAUGACGAUUGAGAUCAUCCUCAGUGUCGGAUAGAGUGAUGAGGAUCAAGUCGAGCGUCAUUGAGAAGCUCAUUAAAUUAAAACUCAAAUUGAUCAUUUGAAGUCCCAUUUUGACUCCACCAUUUCCAAUCAGGCCGAAUCGUCGAAAACCCACUGCAAUUCUGCCAAUGAGAAUCUUAAUCUCAAGGUCGAUAAGCUCAGCAAAAAUAUAACGAAUCUUAAAAGCAGUUUGCAACAGAGUUAGCAAGACAUAUCGGAAUUGGAAGACAACAUAGGAACACAGCACGAAAGCCUUCUUGGUAACUCGAGAAUUAUUUUUUUUUUACAUUAAUAAGAUUUAAUGAGAAGACCAAUUUAGCAGUCAAGGACUGAAUUACAUCGGUUUACAAGUUUCAAAGGAUAAAUACAUAAUACAAUUAGAUUAAGAAUUAUUAUAGUAAUAAUUACAUGGUUAAUAUAUUAAGUUUUACUAAUGUUAAAAGCAUUACUUCCAGAAAUUAUGAAACUAUUUGCAUGUCUAUUAGUUCUACACCUAGGUAUUGAUAGGUUGUUAUUACCACCACGAAGGGAAUAUUCUGUAUCCCGAUUGGAAGGGACAAGGGAAUGUAACUUAUGUGCUUCGUCAGUACGCAUUCGUUCAAAAAAUCUCUUACACAUCGUCUCUCUCCGUAAGAAUAACGACACCACACCGGCGCGGUCCAUUGUAAUAUCAUAACAACAAUCUGGGAAGAUUAUUCGUUGGGCUCUGCGUUGGAUCCUUUCGAUCUGAUCACUUAAAUACUGGGGCAAACUGUGAUGCCAUACUUCGCACCAGUAUUCUAAAAUUGGUCUAAUGCAUGUAUUAAACACUCGCACUAACAUGCUUGAUGGAAUGGAAGAUCUCUUUAAUAAUCGUAGAGCAUGCAGACGCUUCGCAGCUUUCUCACAAAUGAAAUCAACAUGAAGAACCCACUUGAGGUCUUCGGAGAUGAUUAAUCCGAGUAAUUUAGCAUGUGACACGAAACCUUGAUAUUGAAAUAUCGAAUAUAAAAACUAAACUGACGUAUUUUAAAAGGUAGAGUAGACAUAACAAUAUAGAAUAGACAUAACAAUAUAGAAUAAAUGAAAGACAGGGCGAUUUCAAAGAGACAAGGGGAACAAGGUGAAGCGAAAGCUUCAAAAAUCUUGAGAGGAGACUCAAUCUCGGAAGAAAGCCACCGGUCGUACAAGCGCGUCCUACAUAUCGUAAACGGAAUAUCGAUGGUUCCAUCCUCCGCGCUAGACCUAGAACAGCGAUAAUGUAAAAACCUUUUUGAUUGGAGAAUAAAGAGUCUGUCCUAAAUCUGCAAGACAGUGACAGCCGCUGGUAUAUUCGUCAGUGAAGAUGUCGCUGAAGAAAUAAUAAAGAAACAGUAAUAUAUUUUAUCUCGACUUCGAGAAACAAAAGAACCAACGCAAAAUUGCACAUUUUGUACUGGACAAGUUAGUAGUAAACGAUAGGCCAGUCCCUGUACGCUGAAACUAUAUUGCUGUUUAACUAAGUCAUAUGCAUGUGUUGUUGUUGUUGUUGUUGUGUGUAUUAAAUUACCUUAGUAUAUCAUAUUUUAAUUUGAGUCUUCAUGACUAGUUACAUUUAUAAUAACAUAUAUAAAAAUAUUACUCGACUUUGAUUGGUUGAUUUCAGCACAGUUAAUCUCAGACAGCGGUGCAAUUUUCUGUAAUCACAGUGCAAUUUUUUGUAAUCACAGUGCAAUUUUCUGUACUCACAGUGCAAAAAUCUAUAACAAACUGAUCUGAUUGAUGGAAAAACAUUGUGAUGAUAAAAUCAUCCAAUCAGUGUAAAGCAGUUUAAUUUAAAGAAUUAACGCGCGGUCACAGAUUGCUUUAAAACCAAACAGACAUGGAGCCGCGCAACAUAAAAUAAAAGUUGACUUAGCGUGGAAAAUACAGCUUUUAUCUUGAUUUUUAAUUAAGCGGAAAAGUCUUUACCUUAAACAAGACUAACAUGGAAAACUUACAGUGUUGAGUGGAAAUUUCAAGCUGUUAGCGUUGUAUAAUGUGAUAUAACAAACCCAGGAAACCUUUGCCAGUGGACUAUGUUCGCUAUAAACGGAAGCUAAAACUACAAUUGUCUCGAACAUUUUUAUUUAAAUUAUUAAUAAGUAAUAGCAUGGUUCCUCGUGAUAUUUUGGAUAAACGUACAAUCCUGAGUUUUUGAAUGACCUCAAAUAGUGUCCUUCUGACUCAUACUAUUUUGAGGUCUUUGAAAAACUCACUCGUGCAUGUUAUAUUCAAAUUUCACGAGAAAACCAUGCUAUUAUUUAUUAGUAAUUUAAGUAAAUAUUUCGAGACAAUUAUAGUUUUAACUUACGUUCAUAUUGAACAUUCCACUGGCAACGUUUUCCUGGCUUUGUUAUAUCACAUUAUACAACGCUAACAGCUUGAAAAUUCCACUCAAAAGUGUAAGUUUUGUUAGUUUUGUUAGUUUUGUUAGUUUUCAUUUAAAAAUAACGAUAAAAGCCAUAUUUUCCACGCGAGGUCAACUUUUGGAUCGUAGGAGAGAGAAAUUGUAUAACAAAAGAAUUCAAAAGAAUUUUUCUUAUAAAUCUAACUCUACCUUUUUAGCUGUUUCGCCAACAGAGAAAGAAAAUCCAGAGAACAAAACAGGUAUUAUAGCUGGUUUAUUUUUUAGCAAUUGUUGAAUGAGGUUGCGUAGGCAUGAUAUGCUUUUCAACUCUUUCUCGAAAGGCACUAAUAAAAACUAUUAGUAAAGAAUGCUUGCCAUUUUUUUAUAUCUUGCUUAAAUACAUCCUUAUUAAUUUUUUGUGGCCCCAUCGACGUAAUCACUCUCACAUAUUUUCCCACGACGACGUAGAUGUUUCAACCGAAACUAACUGGAAUUGCUCCAAGUCUCUUUCUCGUGUAUUAUAGGUACCGUUUGGGCCCCUUCUUUGAGAGUCAAUGAGAGUGAGCAAAUUAAAUAUUCAGUAAAAUAGAGUGAUAUAACUUAAUAAUCAGUAAAUAGAGUGAGCUGACUGUGCCUCUCUCCCGUUUAUGAGACAACUGAUCCUCUAAGGCGGACGUGUAAUUUUGUGUUGCGAAAACAUCUAUAAGGUACUGUAAAUCUCAAUAAGGCCACCUGAAUGGUAUAUUUGUCAACUCAAGCGUCAUGGGAAGCUCAUUAAAUUAAAAUUCAAAUUGAUCAUUUGAAGUCCAAUUUUGACUCCGCCAUUUCCGAUCAGGCCGAGUCUCUGCCAUUGAGAAUCUAAAUCUCAAGGUCGAUAAGCUCAGCAAAAAUAUAACGUAGUUUGGAACAGAAUUGCAGUAGCAAGCUAGACAUAUCGGAAUUUGAAGACAACAUACAGUAGGAAGUCAGCACCAAAGCCUUCUUGGUGACUCUUGGUGACGGUGACAGCCGCUGGCAUAUUCGUCUGUGAAGAUGUCGCUGAAGAAAUCAUAAAGAAAUGGAAUUAUAUUUUGCUUCGACUUCAAGAAGCAAAAGAACCAACGCAAAAUUGCACAUUUUGUACUGGACAAUUUGGUAGUAAACGAUAG